AUGAGUUACGACUACAAAUCAUGUUUCUGGGAUCCGCACGAUGAUGGGGUCAACGUUUUGCUGUCCCAUAUUGCCUCCGGGAUCCGGUCAUGUCACACAAUGGAGCAGUUCUUCAAGCAGAGGAGCGAGCUCGAGAAGGAUUAUGCGCGGCGUCUCGGGGCCAUCAGAGAGAAGUUGAACAAGGACUGUGAGAAACAGGCAGAGUACGGGAAGUUGGGGGCCGCUUACGGGUCGCUGCUGGGGAUCGAGAAGGCCAGGGCUCAGGCGUACUCGAAAAAGGCAGAGCUUCUGUACAGGAAGCUGUUCAGUGACGUUAAACUUGUCUCUGCAGAGUUACAGGCUAGAUACACGACGCUCAGUGGGAAAGUAGAGAAACUGAGAAUGGACAAGUACAAUAAGAGGAAAGGUUGUGACGAGUUGCAGAAGAGACUCGAGGAGGCAGAGGUGCGUGCUCGUGCAUUGAAGUUGAACCAGAACAACACAAUUGGUGCAAGGAGGACGGAACAGAACACAAGGGAACUCGCCAAAUGGGAGGCUAACGUCAAGGAGAUCUCCACGCAACUCAGCGUCUUGAAGAAGGAGUACAAGGCGUCUCAAAAAUUCUGGCUUCACGAGUGGGCAGAUGUCACUGCUCAAAUUCAAGAUAUGGAAAACGCACGGAUCUCAUUCUUGCAACGGAAAUUGCAGGACUACGCAGACGUCACCAUCGAGGCCAGCGUCCUUGAACAAUCGAAAAUGGACCUACUAAUCUCAGAACUGAGCUCCUUCACUCCAAUGGACGACAUAUCCAAGUUUUCGAGCGAUUUUGGGACGGGAAGACUAAAGGAUAAGCAUCAAAGGAAUCUGACUUCGGAACCACCGGUUGCACAACAAUCUCAAAGGGCCGGGAGCAACCCCUACAGCAGUUCGAAAAGGUACUCGUACAUGGACAAUAUUCGGAAAUUAUCCACUCAGUUACAACAGAGCGUACAAAGACAAUCAUCGCCUUCCCAGUAUGAACGGCAACCAUCACUGGUCAAGUCACAAACAGGUGGGAACCUGAUGAACCAGAGACCAAAUGAUCAGUUGAGGCAUGUGUCAAACUCCUCCUCUCUAUCCACAAACAGGUACUCACUGCACGAGUCCAACUUACCAAGCUAUGGUACAAGGGACUACCCUGUAGGCAACACCGAGUACAGGAACAUCGACCAUGAGCUGUCCCGCUCAGAUCAGGACACGACCGAUCGCGAUGUGGAGAGAUCAAACCCGGAAAUCCAAAAAAUGAAGACCAUUGACUCAAGGACGCCACUAACUUCAAACCAUGCCAUCAACGACAAAGAGCUCCAAACGUAUAACGGGAGGCAUUUGGAGGCCACACAAAACGAUGCCCGCUCCACCCAUACCAAGACUGAAUCAACAACGGACUCGAGUUCUUCUAACCCUACUGACUUUACCGCAAAUGCUAGAAGACGGCCCAGUAUGGAGUCCAUGAGCACAUCGGUGUCAUCGAUGGCAUCCAGUAUCGAUGACAAGCAAAGAUUUGCCAAGUCAUGGAACUCUGCCAAUAGGAAACGUAAAUCGAUGAGCCAUAUCGGGUACACUGAUCAACACGCGUUGAGUGUCCCGCUUGACCAAAAACCAAACGAUAUGAGACAGGAGAGCUCAAACACUAUACUGAUCAAAUCUGUCGGAAGCCAUCAAUUCAAUGAGAGGAGUCCACAGGUUCAAAGACCUUCCAAUAUAACCGCCAGCAAUCACACCAGAAGGAAAUCGAUGGUCUCAAACAAUUCUUUGAACCCAAUUGGGGACGCCCUGUACGAGAUGGAGAAAUUGCAAGGCGGUGUUAGCAACGAUUCCACGUUGGGGAGAGUGAAGGAUAACGGGAUUGUAGUGACAUUACCGAUUGUGACCAAGACGGGGAAAGACGUUAUCAAAUACGCCAAGGCGACGUACCCGCUGUUGGACAACUCUGCAGCCGAGGUAGCGCAUUUUGAUAAGGGCGAUUACUUGUUGAUUACUGAGGUGGUCAGCGAAGAUUGGUACCUGGGGGAAGUAUACGAUGACGAUAAGAUCGAACCAGACCAUAAGUUUGGAUUAAUCCCAUUCAAUUUCAUCCAAAUUUUGACAUGA